UCGCUGUUUUCCUACCUGACCGUCAGGCCUAGUGGGUCCUAGGAAAAGCCAAUCAGAUCAGUGAGUAGGAGGCCAGGCAGGCCAAUCGCCGCGUCGUCGGGGCGGGGAAGGGCGUGGCCAUACCCUGCCCCGCCCCUGCCCCGUGGCUGCUACCCUUCAGGCUGGUGCCUCGGGCGAGACCUAAAGAUAUGGGCACCACCUGGAGGAGCCCAGGAUGGGUGCGGCUCGCGCUCUGCCUCGCGGGCUUGGCGCUGUCUCUCUACGCGCUGCACGUGAAGGCGGCGCGCGCCCGGGACCGGGAUUACCGCGCGCUUUGCGACGUGGGCACCGCCAUCAGCUGUUCGCGCGUCUUUUCCUCCAGGUGGGGCCGGGGCUUCGGGCUGGUGGAACAAGUGCUGGGACAGGACAGCAUCCUCAAUCAAUCCAACAGCAUAUUUGGUUGCAUCUUCUACACACUACAGCUGUUGUUAGGUUGUCUCCGGGGACACUGGGCCUCUGUCCUGCUGGUACUGAGUUCCUUGGUGUCUCUCGCUGGUUCUGUCUACCUGGCCUGGAUCCUGUUCUUCGUGCUCUAUGAUUUCUGUAUUGUUUGCAUCACCACCUAUGCCAUCAAUGUGGGCCUGAUGUGGCUUAGCUUCCAACAGUUCCAGGAACCCCAGGGCAAGGCCAAGGGGCACUGAGUCUUCACCCUAAGCCAGGCUGACCUUGUGUGCUUUGUUUUGGCACGUGAGCCUUGCCCAAGGGGGCCGUGGCUGAGUUCCUAGAAGGCCCUGCUUUCCCUUCCCCUGCAUACCCAUACACAGGACAAUGGACCAAGUGUGCCAAGCCCCUUCCUUCAUGCACUGUCUCUGGCUCUGUCCCCAAGGGCUGGUUUCCAAAGCUCCUGCCAUUGCCUGGGGAAGAAACGUACUGAGCAAUAAAGUUUCUCAAAUAAGUUG